UCGAACUGUAACUUUGUACAAACUAGCUGUGAAAUGUGUCUGUCUGCUGUGUUGAUAAUGUUAUCAAUAUUUCUUGAUUCAACGCGUGGCGGAUGUAGAGUAUAUUUGAACGGAAACCUCACCCAAGACCAAGACCCUUUGAUUCUGGAUCACUACAAAGGAUUAUACAAUCUGAUGCAGCCUUCAGGACCAUUCUUCGAGUUACAGAAAUUUCAGCAAAUGCUUGUUGGAUGUUCGACCAAGAAUAAUAUACUUUUGAACACCGGAACACAUCACACCACCAUAACAUGUAUCGACGGUCAGCAGUUCACUCUUCCAAAUCGUACAAGACCUGUAACUUUUGACGAAAUAAGGUGUCGGUCUAGUGUCGCCAGUGCCAUAAGAACACAGAAUGCAACCUGUGCUAACAGCAGAGGUCGUCUGUACGUGAUAGGAUUUGAAGUGGGCGAUUUUCCUUUUAUUAAAUAUUUUCAAACCUGUUACGACCUGGAAAAAUCAUCAGCGAUCUACAGCGCGCAUUUACUUCCUGGAGGGAGUCUAAGCUAUGCGCAAAUUAACAAUAAUCGUCCUUCGUUUAAAGUUGGUGGUGUAACGACUAAGCUGCGACUAACUUCUGUCUACACACAAAACCAUCAGCAUGAUCGUUUUAAGAAGCUUUUGAGUUCGUUGGACGAUGCAACGAAAUACAUAAAUUCUAAGUCGUAUCUGGCAAAAGGUCAUCUCACACCGGAUGGAGACGCAAUUAUUAACAACUGGGCAGAAGCAACUUACUUUUACAUUAAUGCUGUCCCACAGUGGCAGGUUAUCAAUGCUGGAAACUGGUUGCGUGUGGAAAAUAUGGUUCGGAAAGCAGCCGUUCGGCUCAACGACACUGUGCACGUAUACACUGGAGUACACGACAUUCUUCGGCUGCCCGAUGUCAAUGGUUCGUUAGUAAAUAUGACAUUAGGUGAAGAUGGUCUAGUUGAAGUACCGAAAUGGCUGUGGAAAGUGGUGGUGCAUGUUCCAAGUAAUUCAGCUGUUGUAUUUAUCACAAUGAAUAACCCUUUUUCCUCUAAUAGCGAACAUUUAUGUAGAAAUAUAUGCUCCUCUCACGGUUGGCAUCAUCAAGAAUUUUUAGAUAGUCGGAAAGGUUUUACAAUUUGUUGCAGUCUAUUUCAGGCGCAAAAAUCAAUCAAUUCCAUACCCACAAUUGGUAACAUCUCUAAUAUAUUACAUAAGUAAGAAAAUUAUUCUUUUACAAAUAAGGCGAGAUUAUUUUAAUAUAAAUUAUUGAUAUAAUCUCGCUAAAAUUAAUAUAUUUAAAACAAAUCUUCAU